AUGCAGGCUUUCUUAACUACACCGAAAUAUAAUAAAUUUUAUAUUUAUACAACCCCUACAAAUCAGCAUCAAAGAUUCUGCAAUGCUUUUGGAUAUUAUCAGAUUCGACAUAAAUUACAAGAAGAAAUUGAAAGUAAAAUCAGAGAAUACCUGAUAACUCCAAUUCCAAUCCAAGGGUUUUUGCAGAUUAGUAAUUCGCGACCCAGCCCAUCUCAAAGUUCAAAAUCCACUCAAACCGAUCAAGCUCCUCAAAAAACAAUCGAAGAGAAUAUU